AUGGGCAUCCUGAGCGUCCCCGAAGAGCUCUUGCUUAAUAUUGCGCUAUACGUCGAUUGCCGCGACCUACGAAACCUCUCUCUCACCUGCCACCGUCUUCGUCCCGUCGCGCUGGUAACCUUGAUUCGGAAAACCGUCGUAUCACCAAUAAACAUCUGGAAGCUAGUCGAGCUCUUACAAAUUCGCCCAGGCCUAGCCAAGACUCUCACUCACCUGCGCCUUGGGCCGAUAAGCCAAAAGCUACAUGAUGCGAUGGCUAAGACUCCUAGAUCAAGUGCCUGCUGGGAUAUGUUUUUCAAGCACUACCCAAACGUCAGCAAAACGACGACAUGGAGAAAAGAGAUCCGAGACGACGGCUUCUUUUCGGCUGGGGUGGCUGUUCUUAUUGCUCUUGCGCCAGGUCUCAAAGCCAUCUCCAUGGGUACCAACUCGACAGAGUGGUUUGGGCUGUUUUCCGCAUACACACGUAACGAAUGUGCAUCCGUAACAGUGCGCUCGCAGCUCGCAGCACGAUUGGAGGUGCUUCAAGUCAUGGACGAAGACUCAGUAUAUACGGGCGGUCCUCUCCGCCUUAGGCAGCUUGAAAUCCCCUACUGGAUGAUCGCCUACAACAAGUGUGCGCCUGGGAUUUCGGACCCUCUUCUCGUGCUUCCUGCGUCUCUCGAAUCAAUACGAAUGGUCAAUGUCUUUACCGGAAGCCUAUUUCAUAGCUCCUCUUGGAUUGAUAAGCUGAUAGGAAGCCCAAAGGAGUUGCCGAAGUUGCACCACGUCGAGCUACAGUUCAGAUGCAACAUGUGGCAAACUGCCUGGCAGAUGCGGUCCCAUCGACAGAGUCUUGCUACGUUGCGCAGCUGGGAAGCUUCAAGAAUCCUAUUCACUACGUCUUUCAUUACCCUCAACCUGACGCAGGAACCGGUCGGCGGAGAGGAGGCGUCAACGCAAUACGAGACAGGAUGCCUUGGGAAUGCCAUCCAGACAUGCUUCGGCUCUUACGAAGAGCUAUGCAAGAUACCAGAGGCGUUGGAAGCGCUACGGCGAAUAAGACAUGCAAUGGCAUUUGUAGACGUGGAAAUCGAGUUCCGGAAGCCGUUGAUGAAACUUGGUAGGGAAGCAAAACUGCAAGGCACGUUGAAGCCAGGAACACACAGAGAGGAGUUCAAUUAG